UGGCUGUCGGGGGCGGGCCAGCACUGUCGACAGUGAGCUUUCCGGCCACAGAGUCGUCACCACAGAAGCAAAAGCCAGUAACCCCUGUGAGGGCACCUCAUCUGCCCUUCAGGAGGAUCUCGCUGCCCACUGCGCCAACGCUCUUGCAUCGAACGUCGGUCGUCAGCGUUGCAUCGUUCGAUUCGCUUCGGGAGAACAGCGACGAGGUCCAGUCGUCUCCUCAGAGUGCGCCCAAAGGGGCUAGAUUGGCCCGUCCAACGUCGGUCGAGUCUCCACGACGAAGAAACCGUACUCGGGACUCGAUAGCAAAACCAUCGGACGACAGGAAGGCGGCGAAGAGGAGAAAAGUUGUCGACGAGUUUUAUGAUACAGAGAAGGCGUACGUUGAAGGUUUAGAAUUGGUUUACUCAGACUUUCUCACCCCCAUAAUCGCAUCUCUAGAUACACAAGAUCCACUGCUGAAUCGCUCAGUACUCACAUCCAUCUUCUCCAACUUCAUCGACAUCUGGAACCUGCACCGGUCUUUCCUUUCAGCUCUUACAACCGUUCUGAAACCAGUCAACAUCCCCUCAUCUUCAAAAUUCCCCACACCCAACCUCGCCCCACCGAAGCUCUCUCCACUGCUCCUAGCUCACUUUCCCUAUCUCUCCCUGUACACCCCUUUCGUCACCUCCUUUCCGUCGACCAUCUCCGCUCUUACCGAAUUAGUGACGCCUCCCACCACGACACGGCCCAAUCCGCAGUACAAUGCACAGUUUGCAACGUUUCUAGCCACACAAGAGGCCGACCCUUCUUGUGGCAAGCUCAAGUUGCGAGACUGGCUUCUGACAGUCGUCCAGCGGUGCCCGAGGUAUCUCCUGCUUCUCAAGGACCUCAUAAAUGCUACGGACAAGGAUGAUCCGGAGUACGUGCAGCUUACAGCUGUUCAUACUCUCGUUUCGAAAAGUACCCUUUCACUAAAUACAUCACUACACACACAUGCUCAAACUCUAGCACUGCUAGCUCUACAACGGGCGACUCCGAACCUUCCCUUUCAGCUCAUCACUCCAGGACGCAGCCUCGUCAAACGUGGGCCUCUGAUCCAACUAGACAGGGGCGGCACGCCUUCCGAGCGCGAGUUCCUCCUCUUCUCCGACUGCCUCAUCUGGCUUGCUCCCGCCGAACCCUCUGCCUCCUCAUGGGACUGGAACUGGAGCGGCAGCGGCAGUGGAGCCAGCCAAAAUGCCACCCCGAAAUCAGCUCCGAGCGAUCGACCUGCACCCGUGGAACGCUCGAGGUGCAAAAGCGAUGCAGAGCUACCUGGGGUGGUGAUGGAGGAGGAACAGGGACCUGCAUCGACGCCUGUGAGCCCGGUCAAGCGGCGGAGCCAGUACCACAUAGACCCGCCCCCGCCCCCUCCGAACAUGAGCAAAAGACAUGCAUCGGUAGAUGAUAAGUGGGUGUAUAAGGGCCGUGUUGAGCUUGUGGACGUUGAGGUGGUUGUUGGCUCGGCGCUGGAGGAUGAGCGGAAGUUUGACGUGUUGAGUCCGGAGGGAAGCUUUGUCGUGUAUGCGGGUUCGGAGGAGGAGAGGGACGAUUGGACGUCGGAAAUCCGCGCUGCCAAAGCCCAGCUGCUAGUCUCUCUCAAUGUUACGAACCCCAACUCGACACUCACGUCCUCGGCAUCCACGAACCACGUCCGACGGGCCCUGCAAGCCCUUCCUUAUCCGCCCUCAGAUGAGCGCCUCGCGACCGUCCGUGCGAGCAGCAGCAUGGUCGACUUCACUAGCUAUACAUCAGGGUCGCCACACAGGAAAUCCAAGCUUCUGAAGAAGGAAAAGGAGAAAGAGAAGGAGAAGGAGAAAGAGAGAAUAAAGAAGCCGUCGGAAAGAAGGAGGAAGGUCGAGCAUUGGGUGCCAGCGAUUUGGAUCCCGGAUGGGAAGACGUCGAGCUGUAUGCGGUGUGGAAGGAUGUUUGGGUGGAGGAGACGGAGGCACCAUUGUCGGCUCUGUGGGAGGUGUGUAUGUGGAGGGUGUUCUGGGAGGGCUUUUUUCAUCUCCGAAGGACACAUGAAGGAUGACUCUAUGAGCAAGCCUGCACGGGCUUGUGACGCCUGCUACGAAACUGUAUUCCCAGUCAUCGACACACCUACGGAAGAGGAGACUACGCCAGGCGACGAGAGUGGCGAUGUUGAGCCCAAUCACGAGCAGCACAACACGGAUACCAUCACGUCUCUCUCUCAUUUGCCUUCCUGGCUCUCCAUGCCCGCUUUGCCGGUUCAGCGGACUCCGCAAGCUCUGAUGGCGAUUGACCUGAACUCCAGCCGCGAUCAGGACCUCUCUUUGGACAUCGACAAACAUAUCGAGGAAGGCGGGUUCAUCGAUGAGCGAGAUCUCAGGGCCCGAGUGAAAGUCAGGUCACACCAGAGGAUCAGGAGCUAUCAGCAAAUCCUCGAGGACUUCCAGGAGCAAGCACGAAUCGUGAAGCAGGAGAAAGCCGCUCGGCAGCGCCGUACUCCUCGUGCCAGCGAAGAUGAUCAGGAAGAUGGUGGAGACGACGCUGGAGAUGAGAUGGACGAGCAGCAAGACCAGAUCGAUGACAUCUACUUCACACCGACGCACUCUGCCCUGCCUUCACCUGUCUCCUCGCCCCGCAAACCCCAGCGCCGCGAAGACACUGCACGGCGAAGCAAGCGUUUCUCCCUCCCCGCCAUCGCGUUACAUGCAACAUCCGUCACUGCGCGCACGUCCACCGCCGACUCUGUGGACUCGUCUGAGCGCACGCCCGUCUCUGCCGGGGUUGGGGACCAGAUACCGGAGAACGCUUCCGUGGGUGACCUCCCGUCGUCUGCGUCCGCGGUCCCGGGCAGGUCCAAGCGGUUCUCACUCGUCUUGGCUGGGAGGAACAGUGUGUACUCGGAGGGCGGUGUGAGUAAGCAGAGCAGUGAGGAGGGGGUGGAUAUGGGUGGGCUGGCGAAGGGCGUGGCUGCGGCGAAGCUGAGUGAAUUGUUGGGGAGGAAGUCGAAGGGCUAAG